CGCUGGACGCGUUCGACAAGCUUUCCGGUGCAGCAGCUGGCGCUGCGAUACCGCGCGGAGCGAGUUCAUUUCGCCUUCGUCGCCGCCCAUGCAGCUCGUCCCAGUUCUACUGGCCGCCAUGGCCGCGUCCGCGCUGAGUGCACCAUGCGCCGUCGAGACGCUCGACCGCAUUGAGGCGCAGCUCCUGGCCUUUCCGACGCUCAAGGCGUGCGACGCCCCGACGCCGGGCUGGAGCUUCUACGCGUUCUACACCGAGGACAAUGCGUUCCCAACGUCAGCGCAGACGUCGAUCUUCGAGUCGUAUCCGGCCUGCCAGACCGUGUACAAGGCGUUCCAAGACGUCGUGUCGGGCACGCCGGCGUGCGACUUUUACCCGAACGAGCCGCUGCAAAAGCUGGCGACCUUCCCGCAGUUUCGCGAUCUCGUGAGCUACAUGCAGAGCCACGAAGCGCGCGCGGGCGAGACGACGACGCUCGCGCCGCCGACCCACAGCAGCAGCAACAACAACAAUAACACCAACGACAGUAGCAACGACAACAACAACAGCAGCAGCAACGCGACGCCGGCACCGCCGCUUGCUCGCUGCAACGUCGCCGACGUGGGCUCAAUCACAGCGCAGAUCAAGGCGAUUCCGCAGGCCGCGCAGUGCGCGAACGUGACCAAGUUUGACUUUGACGCAUUUUUUGCGCAGACCAACGUCUUUCCGAGCGCGAGCCAAGUCGCGCUCUUCCAGUCGACGCCGGCCUGCGAUGUGCUUUUGUCGGACGUCAAGAUCAUCUUGCGCCAAGGCCUCAACUGCAACUUUUAUGAAAACGUGUCGCUCCAGAAGAUGGCGACCGUGACAAACCUCCAGGACCUCGUCUCGCUCGAAAUGGUUCACGACCACCCCGGUGCUCAAGUGGCGACGACGGCGACGCCAACGGCGACGUCGGAUGGCACAACGACCAAGUCGACCAGCGAAAGCGACGUUGCCGCUUCCGGCGUCUCGGCAGUCGGUGCUGUCGCGAUUGCGGCCGCCGCCAUCUUGGUCGUCGCCGGCGCGGCGUGGGCCAUCCGCCGCAAGCGCCAGCAAGACACCAAGGGCGACGACACGCAGCAGUCGAUCUACGUUGUCAACGCCCACUCGGCACUUUAACGCUGUAAUAACGACUAUGUAGCACUUUUGCUAAUGCUAAACGAGUGAGAUUACACUUGCA